GCCAAUAUGCUCGAGGACAUCCAAUUGAUAUACAUGAAUGUGCGGAUAUUGCGCUUCUGGGCGCUGCUCUACGACAAGAAUGUGAAGCGUUACAUUUGCCUAACACUGAGCAUUGUCCAUGUGCUCACCCAGAUCUUCUACAUGUGCACGACGGACGAGGGCAUCACGGGCAUCAUACGCAACUCCUAUAUGCUGGUGCUCUGGAUAAACACGGUGCUGCGUGCGUACUUACUGCUAUUCGAUCAGCAGAGCUAUAUUCAGCUGAUCAGCGAUCUGAGCAACUCGUACUAUGAGAUGGAGCGCAUGGAUGAUCGUUAUAUAGGCUACCUUUUGGCCAAGAUGAAUCAGCAGGGUCGACUUAUGGCGCGUGGGAAUCUCUUCUUUGGGCUGCUCACCUGCAUUGGCUUUGGCCUGUAUCCGCUGAGCUCUACGGAGAGGGUUCUGCCCUUUGGCAGCAAGAUACCGGGCGUCAAUGAAUAUGCCACACCCUACUAUCAAAUGUGGUUCGUCUUUCACAUGCUCAUCACCCCGAUGGGCUGCUGCAUGUAUAUACCCUAUACGAGUCUCUGUGUGGGCUUCAUUAUGUUCGGCAUUGUGAUGUGCCAGGCGCUGCAGCAUCGUUUGCGACGUCUCAAGCAUCGUUUGCUCAACCCCCAGCAACUCUCACUGGAAAUAAUCGAAUGCAUUAUCUAUCAUCAGCGGAUCAUUGACUAUAUACAGACCAUCAAUAAGCUGACUACUUAUAUAUUUCUGGUGGAGUUUUUGGCCUUUGGUGCGCUGCUCUGUGCGCUGCUCUUCAUGCUGAUGUUUGUGGACUCGUCCGCACAUAUAGCCAUUGUGAGUGCGUAUAUAAACAUGAUACUCGCACAGAUAUUGGCACUCUAUUGGUAUGCCAAUGAGCUGAGGGAGCAGAAUCUGGCCAUCGCUGUGGCUGCCUACGAGACCGAGUGGUUCAUGUUUGACAUGAAGGUACGCAAAAAUAUACAAUUUAUGAUAUUGCGAGCACAACGUCCGGCAUCGGUAUUGCUAGGUAACAUUCGCCCCAUCACAUUGGAGUUGUUUCAGAAUUUACUUAAUACAACUUAUACAUUUUUUACGGUACUUAAGCGUGUUUACGGUUGAAGUGCUGGGAA